ACUACUUCAUUAUAAAUACCAUCUCUUCUCCUCUUACUUGACCCGAAUGUUUGUAGAUUUCUCAACAGCUACAGCAGGCAAAAUGUCGUCUCCCAAGAUCAUCCUCUACACAAGCAGGAUCUGUCCAUGGGCUCAUCGCGCUCACAUCACCCUCAAGGAACUCGGCCUAGCCUUUGAGGAAGUCACGAUUGACCUGUCCACUCCUAGAGAGCCAUGGUAUUUGGAAAUCAAUCCUCGCGGCCAAGUCCCCGCACUCAGUUACGAGGGAAACAUCAUCACAGAAUCAGCCAUCGUAGCUCGAUUCCUCGCUGAUGCGCACCCAUCCCAUCUCCUCCCACCAUCUACUGGCGUCGAGAAUGCUCUCUAUCGUGCACGCCUGGACUGGUUCGUGGAUGCAUUCAUUACCAAAGUGAACCCUCAGAUCUUUGCUAGUGCUGGCGCGGCUACUGAAGAGGAUCGCGACAAGGCUGCGGAGGCACUUGUUGCGGCUGUGGCGAAGGAUAUUGAGCCGAGGUUGGUGGAGGGGAAAGGUCCCUUUUAUGGUGGGAGUGAGAAGUUGACGCUUGCAGAGGCGCUUACGGGAUCAUUCCUUCUUCGUAUUCAUGGUUUCUCUAAGCCCGAGUAUGGACUGAUUAGUACUAAGCUACCGAAGCUGUUGGAGGAGAAGGUGCCCAAGUUCAAGCGCUGGUUGGAAGCUACUGUGCAGCAUGAGAGUGUGAAUUACAUCUGGGAUGAAGCCAAGGUUGCAGCGAUAACCAAGCAGAGGUUUGCUAAGAAGUAGCAGUUACUCUCUAAAUUGUGAUGUGUGAUUCGUGAAUUUGGUAUAUCACAAUGACAAUGAUUAUGAUUCAGCCUG